GCCAGACUCUCCUACUUCGCGCCCUGUACAGCUUGCCAUGCAGCGGAACGACUCGCUGUCCGAGAUGAUGGGCGAACAGGGCCGCGGCCGCGGCCUGGCAGAUCUGAAAGGCCGGGAUCCGCUGGAUCGACGCAUCGAGGUCGAGAAGAAGGAGAAGUAUGGACAAGCCUUGAGGGAGCAGAUGGCUAUGAACAGCGCACGGGGCCCGGGGGAGACCACGAUGACCAGCGCGCCCAUGUCGCCGCUGCCGCCCCCGAGCCGCGGGAGCUCGGUGACCCGCACGGCCGGGGAGGCGGUGCUGGGCUCACCCCACAGCGUGUUGCACGGCCCCCCGGGCGCCGACGCACCAGCGGCGGCCAAGGUGGCACAGGUCCAGGAGCUCAUGCGUCAGCGCUUGCACGCGGUGUCGGAGGAGCAACAGCGGCAGUGGCAGG